UCCCGGGCGGAACCUCAGUGCCAGCCGCUACUUCCACCCGGCGCCUACCGACCGGCGCGGCGGCCGCGGGGAGCGCUGAGGGGAAGCUGCCGUUGCUGCGGCUCCGGGGCGGGAAGCGGCGGCGCCUCCGCUCCUGACGCCGGCGCCGAGCGAUGGCGCUGCCGGGGCUGAGCGAGCGGGAGCAAGCCGGCUGCCGCCAGAUCCUGGAGUUUCUGGAGACCGAGGACCUGAUGGCGCUGACGGACACCGUCACCAACCGCCUGGUGCACCCGGAGAGCCGCCGAGAAGCCAUUCAUGCCAUUUUGGUUUACAGCCAAAAUGUAGAAGAACUUUUGAAACGCAGAAAAGUCUAUCGAGAAAUAAUUUUUAAGUAUUUGGCGGCCCAAGGAAUUCCUGUGCCUCCUUCCUCUGAGAAACAUCUACUCAUUGAUCGUGUAAAGCAGUACUGGAGCGGGCAGCUCACAACACAACAUGCCUCGGAGUCAGGGGAGAGAAAACCACACCAAGAGAGUCAUGAAGAGAGACAAAAGUCACCACAAGAUGACAUUCAUGGUCUAGGAGAAGAAUUCUGUCAGUGGUUCUUUGAACUCCUGAAUUCUCAACAUCCCUUGGGAGUAAAAUCUGAAGAAAAAUGGGGACCACAGCAUUUUUGGGAGAAUGCCAAAAUGAAGUUAUGUUACAACACAUUAGAAAAAAACACGGAAGAAUAUGUUGGUGCUGAAAUGGUGAGCCUUCGUCUGCUCUCCCUGGUCAAAGAAGAAUAUCUUCUAUUCAACCCUAAUUUGCAUGCCAGUGGACUGAAAUGUGUCAUGUCUCGACAUGGGUUAGUACUGGUAGCAGUGGCUGGCACACUACAUAGAGACAAUACCUGUUUGGGCAUCUUCGAACAAAUUUUUGGACUCGUUAGCUGUCCCGUUAGGGCAAAUACCUGGAAAAUAAAAGUUGUGAAUCUUAAUAUAGUUGGACAGAAUGCUCUGGAGCCUGGGAUGCAGAUUGAAAAACCCUCCAUAAAAUACGAGACAAACCAGCUGCAAGAGUUGUAUGAUGGCAAAGAACUGGGUGUUUGAACCUCUGAAAUUCUGAGCAAUUUUUUCACAACUGAGUUGACUGGGUGAGGGGGGAGAACACCACGCCCCUUGUGCAUUGUUGAGUACUCAAAUUGUUGUAGCCAUGGGAUGUCUCUUUUUUGAGUCAGACUUGCUGGAUGACAAACUGGGAUACAGAGUCUAAAGUAUUAAUACAGAUGAUGCUUUUGGGCAUCUUUCCAGGAGCUAACAAUAUUUCACACUAUUACUUUAGAUUUUGUAGUGUAGUUAGUAAUGGAGUUAGUUUAGUUAUUCUUGGUUACAAAACAUGGUUACAUUCAGACAUGGGUUGGCAGCAGUAUGUAAUGAACUAGAUGACUUGGGGUUCACAAGCUGCAGGUUGCUUCUCUUCAGGUCUCCAGUUUAAACUCUUAACUGAGUUGUAACAGAAAGUCAUUGCAUCUGGCUUUUAGAAAUUAGGAUUGGUGAGUGUCUGAAUGGACACAAGUCCUGAGAAAACCAUCUGCCACUACAGGAGUUUUUGGAGAGAACAGACAAAAUACUGCUGCCAUUUAUGUUCUAAAUGUGGUUCCCUCACUGAAGAAUAGAAGUAGAUAAUGGGACAAUACAGGGAAUUUAGCAUUGUUGAGCUCUUUUGGGGUUAAUAGCUUCCUUUCCUUUUACCUUAUGGUUCCAACUGAAUAAUGAAUAUAGACAAACUCUCUGUUGUUCUAUCUGUGUCCCCCAAACAGACAAAUUUGAGAUGGUUGCUCAAGCAUCCAUUUCUAGCACUGACUCUCUUGGAUCAAGUAGUUGAUUUUAUGACUUACAGCAGCACUAUAUGAACCAAAUGCUUUGAUAAUUAUUUUGUAUAUACUGACAAGAGAGUUUUUAAUAUAAUAGUUGUGAUUUUUGUAUGUUUUCUCAAAAUAAGAAUUUUAUAUAGGCUGUGCUGCUUUACUACAUUGACUAGAAGUCAAUUUGUUAACACUGGGCACUUACAAUGACAGGUGAUAUUAAAUAAAUAAUCCAGUUACUACUUCAUAACAAAUUCUUGCCAUUGUAGAAUUUGAGUUUUUCUAAUUUUUUAAUUUUUUUUCCUAAUUUAUAAGUGAUUAGAGGUGAAACAAGAUGAAAACUUAUUUUUUCAGCAGCUUGCUUGGAUUGUUUGGGAGUUUUGUUUUAAUUUUAUAGCUUCACCAAUACAAGUUGUGAAAAUGGAAACAUUCCCCAUAACAUGGGAGAAGUUCUUUUGGGUUUGAUACUUGUUAAAGAUGACAAAUGGUAAAAUUAUGGGUGGGUGAGGGGAAAGAAGAAUAUUCAGAUAUGCACAGAACUGUUUUUUGUGAACAGUCUGAAUCUUAAGUGCUCUUUAAAAAUUUAUAAAAUAAUUUAUUUUCUAAGCGAAAGUUCAAAUACUGUGUUGGAAUGUUCCUUCCCAAUAAACAGUUGUGUCGUGGCUUCUACAGCUACUGAUGUAUAAUUAAUAAAAAUCAAUCUGAAUUUAAAA